CGGAUGCGCCAUCUUAGCAAACGACCAAACCGGCUCGACUUAAGUGCGCGGUUGUGGCAAAUUUCUUCCACCAGAAAGUGCUACCAGUUUGUGGUUUAAUAUUGUUGCUUGCAGUGCAGGUGAAAGUGGUUAAAAAAAUCAAAUUAACAACGAAAAAAGACAAACAAAGUGAAAAAUCUUAUGUGCAGUGGAAAUUUCCAAAGUGAUUAUAUUGAAGCGAGAAAAAAAUUAUUGUGAACUAUAAAAAAACAAUGGGUAUCAAUCAGCCACCAACCACACCGAUCUCGGUGCUACGAGCACAGUUCCUUUUCCCCAACGGAAAGAUGUCCGACAUAGCCGAUACCGGUUCGCCCACGCCCUCGAUCCGCCACAACCGUUUCGCCAGCCCGAAUGCACCGCUCUCGACGACCACAUCCGGAACACUCGGAAGCGCAACAUCCACCAGCUCGAUGACCACAUCACAGGAGCAUUUGCUCAACAGUAGCCGAAGCAGUAGCAAAACCUCCAAGCAAUCGUCGUCCACCUCUUCCACCAGCACCACCACCAAACACAUAGAGAGUUCGUCCUCCACGCAAAGGAUGUCUUCGCAGUCGUCCUCCUCCGCCAGCAGCAUCACAUCGGCGGCCGCCGCCGUCAAGCAGGACCUCGGUGGACUGCAGAGCGCAAUUUCGGAGCUGGGGAACGUGCUGGGUCCGAACAAAACGUCGAGCAGCACGCAGAACUCCUCCUCCAUGUCGAAGGUCUCGUCGACCUCCACGAUCAAAUCGUCCAACAUCACCAACCAAUCGCGCAAGAUGUCCUCCCAAGCGUUAAAGAUCAACGAGUUAAAGUCAAAACUACGCUCCUCGAUGGACAGCCUCGACGAUCCGCAGGCGGACGAACCAUCGGUGCUCUUCCCGGACUCGGAAACGGACGACGACGGCAUGGGAUCGGCACUGAAACCGUUGGCAAACGGCGGCAACGGAAUGCUCAUGCCGAACGGCCACCACCACCAUCAGGCGCUGGUGAAUGGGUGCUCCGGUACCGUCGAUACGGUCAAGUUCGAGCAGAAGAAGAUGACCUCCGAGUCGAAGACGAAGGUGGUGACGGAUGGGUUCAGCAGCGAGAAUGCCACCACCAAUUCGGCCGAGUCGAAGAAGCUGCAGGCCGGCGACCUGGAGAUCGAGGAGAAGGCAGCCCUCCACGCUAGGAGCUCCCGGCUGGAGGUGGGCGGUGUGACGGCGGAGGAAAAAGGUGCCAUACUGAAGGAGGCCCGCUCGGUGAAGAUGGACGGCUUUCAGCAGACCGAAGCGAACAACAUUGCGGCCCACAGUCAAAAGGUACAGAGCGAACACUUUAGUGCGGAGAAUAAGGCCAUCUCGCAGGCCGUGCAGAAGCAAACCAUCUCGGCGCACCGAAUCUUCAACCAGGAGCAGAAGGUCACCUCGACGACGCAGUCGCAGUAUAGCAUGUCGAACACGAGUACGAUCAGCAACCGGUCGCUGUCCACCAACAUCGGUAUGCUCGGUGACGAUUUCCCCUCGUUCGAGGACCUGGAACGGUUGGGCAGCACGCCGGAAGAGAUCAACAACACGAUCGUGAAGUACUCGAACCAUCUGAAAAACUACGUGCAGAACCUCCAGCAAACGGAGCAGCUCAAGAAGGCGCCCACACUGCUGAACCACAUGAACGAGAUCAUCCGGAAGGCGUGGGCCGUGCCGACGUACGGCCACGAGUUGGGUGCGAGCCUGUGCGAUACGCUGCGCAAGACGGGAGGGCUCGAUAUCCUGAUGCGGAACUGCGUCGACACCGACUCGGAUGUGCAGUUCUCGUCGGCGCAACUGCUCGAGCAGUGUCUCACGACCGAGAACCGCACGCAUGUGGUUAAGAACGGGUUGGAUAAGGUGGUGAAUGUGGCAUGUGUUUGUACGCGCAAUAACGCCACCGAUCAUUCGCGCGUCGGUACCGGAAUCCUGGAGCAUCUGUUCAAGCACAGCGAGGACACCUGCUCGAACGUGAUCCGAUUAGGAGGUUUGGACGCGGUCCUGUUCGAGUGCCGUAAGAACGACGUGGAAACGCUUCGACACUGUGCCGGUGCGCUCGCGAACCUCUCGCUGUACGGUGGCGCCGACAAUCAGGAGGCGAUGAUCAACCGUAAGGUACCGUCCUGGUUGUUCCCGCUAGCGUUCCACAACGACGAGAACAUCAAGUACUACGCCUGUCUCGCGAUCGUCGUCCUAGUGGCAAACAAGGAAAUCGAAGCAGAAGUUAUCAAAUCCGGUACGCUCAACCUCGUCGAACCAUUCGUCACCUCGCACAAUCCGUCCGAGUUCGCCAAAUCGAACCUAGCGCACGCGCACGGUCAAAGCAAACACUGGUUGGAGCGGUUAGUCCCCGUGCUUAGUUCGAAACGUGAAGAGGCCCGCAACCUGGCGGCGUUCCACUUCUGCAUGGAGGCCGGUAUCAAGAAGGAACAGGGUAAUACAAACAUUUUCAAGGAGAUCGGAGCGAUCGAACCAUUGAUCCGGGUGGCGAGUUCCCCGAACGCCAUCGCGUCCAAGUUCGCCGCUCAGGCGCUUCGCCUGAUCGGUGAAGAGGUGCCCCACAAACUGUCCCAGCAGGUACCCCUCUGGUCAAUCGAGGAUGUGCGCGAAUGGGUGAAGCAGAUCGGGUUCGGGGAGUACGAGCAGAGCUUCUUCGACUCGAAGGUCGACGGUGAUCUGCUGCUGCAGCUGCAGGAGAGUAAUCUGCGCGAUGACAUCGGCAUCCGGAACGGCAUCCAGCGGAUACGGUUCGAGCGGGAGUUGCAAAAUCUCAAGAAAAUGGCCGACUAUAGCUCGCGCGAUCCCGACUGUCUGCACAGCUUCCUGAACAAGAUCGGUCCGGAGUACACCAUCUACACGUACUCGCUGCUGAACGCGGGCGUAGACAUUGAGUCCCUGCGGGACCUGGACGACGAUCAGCUGAUGCUGACGUGCGGUAUCAAAAACACCAUCCACCGGGCGAGAAUCCUGAACGUGAUCAAGAUGAGCGAUUCGAUACCGUCGUUCCGCUCCGAGCAGAGUACGGAGAAGAGCUUGGACGUGUUUGUCAGCUACCGGCGCAGCAAUGGGUCGCAGUUGGCCAGCCUGCUCAAGGUACACCUAGAGCUGCGCGGCUUCUCCGUGUUCAUCGACGUCGAGCGGCUCGAGGCGGGCAAGUUCGACAACAAUCUGCUGCAGAGCAUUCGCCACGCCAAGCAUUUCCUGCUGGUGCUCACACCGGACGCACUCGAUCGGUGCGUGGAGGACGUCGAUGGCAAGGACUGGGUGCACCGGGAAAUCGUGGCAGCACUCAACUCGGACUGCAACAUCAUUCCGAUUAUCGACAACUUCCAGUGGCCCGAGCCGGAGAAGCUGCCGGAGGAUAUGCGCGGCGUGUGCCACUUCAAUGGGGUGCGCUGGAUCCACGACUAUCAGGACGCCUGCGUGGACAAACUGGAAAGGUUCAUGCGAACGGAAGCGAACAGUCGUGGCGGGCUGAUGGAUUACGGCUCGCGCAACCUCCUCAACCGCCAGCCGGGCGACGCGACGCCCUCGUCCGCCAUCUACCAGCGCAUGCACAGCAACGACUCGGGCAAGAGCAGCGACAAGGAGAACUGCCGGAACCUCGAAUGACUAGAAGGCCCUUCGGUUGUCAGCCCGCCCAAUCCGCCCCCACCAUCCUCGGUCCCGCCGGCCGGGCUGGGCUCGAGCGGUUCGCUGAACCACGCGACCGCCCCCACGACGCCCCAUCCGCCCGGGUACCAUCAUC